CUCUCUCUCUCUCUCUCUCUCUCUCUCUCUCUGAUUCUGUAAUCCAAGGCUGAGAAUCUCCCAAUCCCCUUGUCCGAAAUCUGUUCAAUUGAGGAUCAGUCUUCACUCUUCAGCAUUUUGGAGCUCAUAAAAGAUGGACGACCUCAAGGAGCGUCUGCUUCCGCCCAAAGUGCCGAAACCUGCAUCAGCUAUAAAUCUUAGGGAAUCAACUUACAGGUCACCGGCAUUUGGAAGGCAACCUUUUCAUGGAGUUGAUGUUUUGGGGCUGAAGAAGCGAGGCCAGGGGCUUCGGUCUUGGAUCCGUGUUGAUACGUCCGGGAAUUCUCAGAUUAUUGAGGUUGACAAGUUCACCAUGAUGCGGCGUUGUGAUCUACCUGCCCGUGAUUUGCGCCUGCUUGAUCCGCUAUUUGUGUACCCCUCAACCAUCCUUGGCAGAGAGAAGGCCAUUGUAGUGAAUCUAGAGCAGAUACGUUGUAUUAUCACGGCCGAUGAGGUUCUGCUUUUGAAUUCCCUUGAUAACUACGUAUUGCAGUAUGUGGUGGAGCUACAGAAAAGAUUGACAACAAGUGGUGUAGGUGAUGUUUGGCAGUCUGAUGGUUCUGACAUGAGCAGGAGGAGGGGAGGUAGAAAUUUUGAUAAUGUGUUUGGGAGCACAUCUCCUGACUAUCUGCCCUUUGAAUUUAGGGCUUUAGAAGUUGCUCUGGAGGCUGCUUGUACAUUCCUUGAUUCUCAGGCAGCUGAACUGGAAAUUGAAGCAUAUCCCUUACUUGAUGAGCUUACUUCGAAGAUCAGUACACUGAACUUGGAACGUGCCCGACGAUUGAAAAGCAGACUUCUUGCCUUGACUCGAAGAGUUCAGAAGGUUCGGGAUGAAAUAGAGCAGCUCAUGGAUGAUGAUGGAGAUAUGGCUGAGAUGUAUCUAACGGAGAAGAAAAGUCGUAUGGAGGCAUCAUUUUAUGGUGAUCAAUCUGUGAUGGGCUAUCGAUCGAAUGAUGGUGCAUCUCUUUCUGCUCCUGUUUCCCCCGUAUCUUCACCUCCCGAUGGUCGAAAACUUGAGAAAAGCUUGAGUAUUGCAAGGAGUCGACAUGAAAGCAUGAGAAGUUCAGAAAGUGCUACAGAGAGUAUAGAAGAGCUUGAAAUGCUACUGGAAGCAUACUUUGUUGUCAUUGAUAGCACCCUGAAUAAGCUGACUUCGUUGAAAGAAUACAUUGAUGACACUGAAGAUUUCAUCAACAUUCAGCUGGAUAAUGUCCGUAAUCAGCUGAUUCAAUUUGAGCUUCUACUAACGACUGGAACUUUUGUGGUUGCAAUAUUUGGAGUUGUAGCAGGAAUCUUUGGCAUGAACUUCGAAAUCCCAUUGUUUGAUGACCCUGCAGCGUUUAAGUGGGUACUUGUAAUCACAGGAGUAACUGGCAUUUGCAUAUUUUCUGCAUUUGUGUGGUUCUUCAAGAAUAGAAGACUCAUGCCACUGUAGAGAUCUAAAAUGAAACUUCAAAUGAAGGGAUCAAAAUUAGAAGAAAAGGAAGUGAUUACUAUUCCCCUUCCACUUCCUAGAUUAAACACAAAUUCGGCUGGUUGGAUCAAUUCUUUCAUUUUCAUUCAAAAAUCAACUGGCAGAUAUCUUCCCAGAUAUCCCGUCAAUCCCUGUAAAUUCCUUCAAAUAUAUUAGCUUAUAAUAUAAAAUAUUUGAUUUUUCCA